GUGGGCAGAGCGUGGUUUUUCCUCCAGCUCCAGUGUGGGGUUUGCUGCCGAGAGCUGUAUACCUGCGGAUGUUGCUGCUGACAUGGAGAGGAUCGAGGAACAAUUUGCUAAUCUACAUAUUGUUCGACGUUCCUCGGAACCGGAAGAGCCCACUUACCUGCUUGGUAUAGACACAUCGAAGGCUGUCCAAGCGGAACAAAGGAGCUUGGUUGCUGUUCUGUGUUCAAAUGGGUCAAUAAGAAUAUAUGAUAAAGAGACACUAAAUGUACUACGAGAAUUUAGUGGCGCUCCCGGACUUCUUAAUGGAGUCAGGUUUGCACAUUCCUGUGACAAUGUCUAUUCUGCAAGUACAGAUGGCACUGUGAAAUGUUGGGAUGCUCGGUUAGCUAGUGAAAAGCCCGUGCAGUUGUUCAAAGGUUACCCUUCCAAUAUUUUUAUCAGUUUUGAUGUCAACUGCAACGAUCAUAUCAUUUGUGCUGGUACAGAAAAAGUUGAUGAUGAUGCACUGUUGGUAUUCUGGGAUGCAAGGACCACAUCUCAGGAUUCGUCUACUAGAGACCCACUUGGUGCCUAUUCAGAGACACACAGUGACGAUAUCACUCAAGUACGGUUCCAUCCCAGCAAUCCCAACAUGGUCGUCUCUGGUUCAACUGAUGGCCUGGUAAAUGUGUUUGAUAUCAGCAUCGAUAAUGAAGAGGAUGCGCUGGUUGCGACCUGUAACUCCACUUCAUCAGUGAGCUGUAUUGGCUGGUCUGGAAGAGAUUAUAAACAGAUUUACUGCAUGACACACGAUGAAGGAUUUUGUUGGUGGGAUCUGAACCAUUUGGAUACUGAUGAGCCAAUUACAUGUUUGAACAUCCAGGAUGUGAGAGAAAUAACUGAUGGAAAGGAAGGUCAUUUGGACUACCUGAUUGGUGGCCUAUAUCAUGAAAAGGUGGACAGGCUGUUUGUUAUUGGAGGAACCAACACAGGAAGGAUUCACCUAAUGAGCUGCACCUCGUCAGGCCUGAGCCGUGUGACCAGCCUUCAGGGGGGACAUGCAGCCACUGUUCGUUCUUUCUGUUGGGACGUUUCCGAGGACUCUCUGCUGACGGGAGGAGAAGAUGCACAGUUGUUGCUCUGGAAGCCUGGAGCUAUGGAGAAGACCUUCACAAAGAAGGGCACCUUGAAAAUAGCUUCCUCCGUACAGCAGCGAGUUCGAGUCCACAGCAGCGAUUCUUACAAGAGAAGGAAACAGCAGUGACGUCGCCGUGCUGGGAAUUUGCAGGCUCUUCCAGUUUCAAAUCAUUUUUGCUACCUGUAGCAAAUGUUUUUAAAGCUUACCUGUAAAAACAGCAAUUAGCAAACAGUCCCAGACAAAUAUUGAGAAUGAUUUAGCGUGUGUCCUGACAUACUCUAUAAUGUUUUUUAAAGCCUCCAGUUGAGUAUAAGAAUCAGUGACGGGUUAGGGAUUUAGCUCACUGGUAGAGCA